CUGCACUUAAGAAGCGGGCGGUACAGAGCCCUCCCGAGGUGUGAGACCCGACCCGGCCUCAGACCCAGAGAUUCGCCGCGACCCGGCGGGCCCGCCCUCGAGCGCAGGCGCGGAGCCGUUGCGCGGCGAGCGGUUUGCCCCGCAGCGGUUUCGCAGCGCCGGCUGCACGGAGGCUGCGCGGGCGCUCGGCCCAGCCUGCGGCCGCGGCGUGCGCCUCCGGCAGAGCCCUAGGCUCCGUGGCCAUGAACCCCGUGGUCGUGGUCCACGGCGGCGGCGCCGGCAACAUCUCCAAGGAGCGGAAAGAGCGAGUGCGCCAGGGGAUCGUCAAGGCGGCCAGCGAGGGCUACGCAGUGCUCAAGGCGGGCGGCAGCGCCGUGGACGCGGUGGAAGAAGCCGUGGCUGUCCUGGAGGACGACCCCGAGUUCAACGCAGGUCAUGGGUCUGUCUUGAACGUAAACGGUGAAGUUGAAAUGGAUGCUAGUAUCAUGGAUGGAAAAGACCUGUCCACGGGAGCAGUGUCUGCAGUCCGCUGCAUAGCAAAUCCCGUUAAACUUGCACGGCUCGUUAUGGAAAAGACACCGCAUUGCUUUCUGACUGACCAAGGUGCAGCCCAGUUUGCAGCAGAGAUGGGGAUUCCAGAGAUUCCUGGAGAAAAGCUGGUCACAGAGAGGAACAAGAAACGCCUGGAAAAGGAGAAGCAUGAGAAAGCUGCCCAGAAACCAGACUGUCAGAAAAACUUGGGAACCGUGGGUGCUGUUGCCUUGGACUGCAAAGGAAACGUAGCCUAUGCCACCUCCACAGGAGGCACCAUCAAUAAGCUGGUCGGCCGGGUCGGGGACUCGCCGUGCGUAGGAUCUGGAGGUUACGCUGACAACAGCAUCGGAGCCGUCUCAACCACAGGGCACGGGGAAAGCAUCCUGAAGGUGAACCUGGCCAGACUCACCCUCUUCCACGUAGAACAAGGAAAGACAUUAGAAGAAGCCGCUGACCUGUCGCUGGGUUAUAUGAAGUCAAGGCUCAAAGGUUUGGGUGGCCUCAUCGUAGUCAGCAAAACGGGAGACUGGGUAGCCAAGUGGACAUCUGCCUCCAUGCCCUGGGCAGCCGCCAAGGAUGGCCAGCUGCACUUUGGAAUUGAUCUUGACGACACCAAGGUCACAGAGCUGCCCUAAGUCUCCGGAAAGUGGAAAAUCGUCUUGCUUUGCGUGCUGGCUUGGACGGAUAUCCUGGUGUGAAGGCUUAGCUUAACCAAUUAGAUCUAGAAAUGGAAAAAUGAUGCCGUCUGUCGAUGGUUUUGUUGUGUUGAUCAGCAAGUAUCUGAUUGUCUGGUUGAGGGGAGGGUUCCAAAGUGAUGAGAGAAAUGCCCACGUUGAGAGCAGAGUGAGCCCCGGGAAGGCGACAAACUCUCGGGCGCCCUCCUCCGGCACAAUCCCCGUUGUGUCAGGUGAGGAAGGGCUGCCUCAGGGGAAUCGGGAGCCCCACAGCCUGCAGAAGCCUUGGGCUGCACCUGCAGGGAGGGAGUUGUGGGAAGGCUGUUGGAGCGAGAGGCAGGAGCAGCAGCAGAAGAGAUCGCAAGGGACAUCCAGGAGAACUCAGAGUGUUGCCGACUUCCUUUUAGUCGCAGGAACCUCCAGGGAAAGAAGGAGAGUCCUUUAAGCAGGGUGUCACUCAUCUCUGAGGGAGAAAAUGAAUUUCCUGGGGGAGUUCAGCUCUCUCUGACUCGAUGUGUAGACAUGUGACCAGAUGUGUCAGAGGCCCCUCUGGUAAUCCGCGGCUCCCUCACCUGGAGAUGAAGGGUCAUGGUAGAGACCGUGCAGUCCCUUGCGGUCCGAGGGCUUCUUGGGUUCCCAGGUGAGCCCCUCCCCUCCACCUGCCAGUCCUCUGGGCCUCACCUAGUGAACAGCAGGGCUCACGACCCCUCCAGCAGCAAGGAGCAGGCUCUGAUAUAGAGAUGAGCCGCGACCUAGCAAGCAUCUGUCCUGUCCCGGCCAUCGGAACACCCCCUCCAGGCCUGGGUGCUCGCCGCACCCCGAAACGUCCUUGGUGGACUGGAGAGCCCUCCAGUAACCUCUCAUUUCACUGGGAAUGGUGUUUCUGCUGUGACAUGUCUACCUUCUCUCUGGAAAGAAACCGCUUACCGUUAAAUUCCAUGUGCCACUAAUAAAAUGUAUUUUGAAAGAAUAA